UUCAAGUCAGAUAUUUCUAUAAGAGAUCAUUGAAUCGAUAAUCUAAAUUAUUAAAGAAAUGUCUUCUACCAUAUACUCCAAACUUGAAGAGACCGUGGAAGACCGACGGGAAUUGUAUGACAUCCCAGGAAUCUGCCGUACGUUCCAGCACCCCUCAGUUGAUGCACAACAAAGGAUUUCACAGGAUUUUUCGCAGCAAGUCGCAAAAGAACAUGGGCUGCCUGAAUACUUGAUUGAGAUUGCGGGCCUUCAUAAAUUCAAAGCUCCAACAUUGCGGCUUCUAAUCCUGGAACCGGGCUUAGGAGAAGAGAUUAUUCGAUGUCAUCUGCAACAGCAUGAUCUCCGCCGCAAACCAAAGUUCGAAGCCCUCUCCUAUGUCUGGGGAGACCAUGCAAACUCAACGGAUAUUAUUUGCUGCGGGGCGAUAAUGCCUGUGGGGCGAAAUCUAGAUGCUGCUCUGAGAAAGCUGAGAAGUCCUGUUAACCAACGGGUACUGUGGGUAGAUGCUCUUUGCAUUAACCAAAAAGAUCCCGUUGAACAAGCCAGCCAGGUGAAAAUGAUGGAUUACAUCUACUCUCGCGCGGAGCAGGUUCUUGUGUGGCUAGGAGAAGAACGAGAAGAAGACAGCCUAGCAUUCGAAGCUAUCGAGAAGACAGUUGUAUUUAUGAAUGCGCUCUGGCACGACGGAAAUAUGAACGAGUCCAUCAAAAAAAUCAUCAAUAACCCCGCCCUACCACCUAACGCGUGGCAGCAUAUAGGCACCCUCUUUCUCCGUUCGUAUUUCAAGCGCCUAUGGGUUAUCCAAGAAGUAGUCAACUCGUCGUCCGCCCAAGUAUUUUGCGGCAGCAAGACCAUACCAUGGGACUCAAUGUGUAUGGUAACCAACCUCUUCACCGCCGGCUUCCUCGCCGCGUGCUCCCCCGAGGUUAGACGCUCUGUCCAUAUCCCUACCGAAAACGAGUCAAACAUCCAUUUAAUCGAGACGCUCCGCCACACGAAAACCGCCUCUCAGCCUGGACGACCCUUUUUCGAUAUAUUAUUCCACGCGCAGUCUUUCCAAUCCUCUCUCCCGCGGGAUAAGUUAUUCGCUAUCUUGAAUCUCCCAUCUAGAGGUAUUCAGGAAUUCGUUGUGGUUGAUUUGAUGCACAACAAGUCUGUCAAAGCCUUGUCGUGGGUGAAUACUGCUGGGGUGGAUCGAGAAUCCGAUGACCCUUCAUGGGUGCCCACGGUUGCGGAUUUUGAGGGCCCGAAACCGAGUUUCUUCAUGGGAAGGGGGAGACCGACAUCUUCCUAUCUCCUCCAAGAGGCUGAAGCGUAUCUCGAUGAUUCUGAAUCGUCUCUCAUUAUCAACUGCCUGCUUCUUCAUUCGGCAGUAAAGAACAUUGCUGAUUCUCGCUCCGCAUGCUAUGAAAAAGCUGGAUUAGAUCUUCCACUUCAACCAGUAGACAUUACAGAGGCGAUUAUGGAAGUUGAAAGAAACUGGCUUAGGAGUUGUUUCAGGGUCCUAAUGGUUUCGAAAUGGCCACAUCUAUUUCAAGGUGCAAAAGCAGAGCUUGAUUUCGGAGAGAUCCUUUCUUCAGAUCACUACACUACCUUUCUUCUCGUCAUUUCAUGUAAUUGGAACCCCUAUAGCAAAGAGCCCAUCAUCCCUUGGGCUUCCUCUGGCUCAGAACCGCAAAUGAAUACAGUACGCGAACAGUCGAAUGAAUUAGAUCACCUAGCAUUCAUGCGAGAUAUCACGGGGCGACUGAUCAUAGGCCAUCCCAUAUCUAAUAAUAACUGGGAAGAUUAUCUGUGUAUAAUUUCUCAAGAGCACACGAAAUGGAAGGUAUUUUGUGGCUUAGGAGAUGGGAGGAUAGGAUGGGUGCCAAGAAAUGGAGGGAGAGAGACCUUUUUAUUGAGAAAUGCAUGGGAUAAAGAGAGAAAUGUAGGCGUAGGUUGGAAGUUGUAUGGAGAAUGCUAUUUUGAAAGGUUGGAGAAUGGGAAAGGGGGUUUAUUGGAUGGUGAGGGUAUUGAAGAUGUGUAUUUAAGCAUUGUUUGA